AGGCACAGACACGGUUAUCGAAGUUACUUCAGAAAAUGUCUUUGGAAAUGUACUUGGAUUUGUUUUCGCAGCCAUGUCGCUCUGUUUACAUAUUUGCCAAGAAAAACGACAUCCAGUUCGAUUACAAAAAGAUUUCGCUUUUUGAAGGUUAUCAAUAUAGUGAAGAGUAUGGGAAAAUCAACCUCCUAAGAAAAGCACCAGCAAUCAAAGAUGGAGACUUUUGCUUGGCUGAAAGUGUUGCGAUUAUGCUCUACCUGGCUGAGAAGUUCCACACUCCAGACCACUGGUACCCAGCUGACUUGCAGAAGCGUGCUAGAGUAAAUGAAUAUCUAUCAUGGCAACACUCUGCCAUACGGAUACAUGGAUCCAAGAUGCUCUGGUUCAAGCUCUUGAUUCCAAAAGCUUUAGGAGUUGAGAUCCCUAAGGAAAAGAUAGACAAUGCAGUAGAGGAUCUUAAUGCAUCACUGAACCUUUUUGAGGAGAAGUUUCUGCAAGACAGACCAUUCAUUGUUGGGGAUCAGAUUUCAUUGGCCGACCUGGUUGCUAUUGUGGAAAUCAUGCAGCCUGUAGGUGCUGGUAUGGAUGUAUUUGAGAACAGACCCAAUCUCAAGGCAUGGAAGGACAGAGUCAGAGCAGAAAUUGGGGUUGAGCUGUUUGAUGAGGCCCACCAGGCAAUCCUCUAUGCCCAGGAGUCAGUGAAAACCAUGGACCCUAAAAGGAUGGAGCACUUUAAACCCAUAAUUGUGAGAUAUUUCCUCUCAUAAACAAACUGGUAGAUAUUGUUGGUUAAAAAAUAUCUAAAUACGCUUUACAUUUUCUGUAAUCACUAAGAAUAAAAUCAGCUGAAAUUGAA